UGUUAUUUUGCAAAGUGUAUGAAGUGGUUGGUUAGCUGAAAUGGAGGAAGAUGCACCUCAACAGCAGCCUUUGCAUACAGUUUCCUUUCAGCACUUUGGUCAAGAGGAGGGGCAGUAAAUUUCUGAGUAGGAGUACCCUUCAGAGAUGAUCUUUGUUAUCUGAGUGUCCUACUAGUGCCACUGAUAAGGAAGAGAUACUGCGGAAAGAAAGAUUCUAGGAAGUUCCCUUCUUACUGUAGAUAUGAGCAAUCAGCAAGUGAUUUAUUCCACCCUGAGAUUUCUUCAGUCUCCUUCAGAGUCACCAAAUAGAUUGAGGCCAGAUGGGAAUCAAAAGUCUGGGAACACUGAUGGCAAAGGGUUUUCAGUGCCCUGGUAUCUCAUUGCAGUAAUUCUUGGGAUCCUGUGUUUACUACUAUUGGCGGCUGUUGCUGUGUUGGGGACAAAGAUUUUUCAGUAUACUCAAGAAAACCGUCGGCAGAGGGAAAUGAUAGGAAACCUGACUCAAGAGCACCACAUUUUGCAAAAUGACAGCUACUUAAAGAAACUUUUGACAUAUAAGACUUUAGAAUAUAACCUUCUCAAAAAUGAAUUGCUUCAGCAAAAAAAGGAACGGGAUUUACUCUUUACAAAUAGGACAUGUCAGAGAGAAAAUAAAGGCAAAUUCUAUGGAAACUGCUGGUCCUGUUAUGGAAUAAAGUGUUAUUAUUUUAUUCCUGAAAGUAAAAACUGGAACAGAUGUAAACAGACUUGCCAAAGUUAUAAUUCAUCCCUUUUGAAGAUAAAUGAUGAAGAUGAACUGGCCUUUAUUCAAUCCCAAACUUAUAGGAAUAACUACUGGAUUGGAUUAUCAUAUGAUGAUAGAGAACAAAAAUGGAAAUGGAUUAACAUUGGCCCACCUUUUGGGAUUAACUAUACAUUCAUGAGUUCUUCUGGAAGAGGACAAUGUGCAUUUUUAAGCUCAACAAGAACAGCAACUAUUGAGUGCUCUAAGACCUACAAUUGUAUCUGUGAGGAGAGAAUUCAUGAUGUUUUCUCUGCCUAUUUCGAUAGAUACAAGAAAAGGUGCACUAGAACCUGUCAUUUGUUUGUUUGUUUGUUUCUGUGAUAAUUUGUGAAUACUUACAUACUAAUGUUUUUGCUAGUAAGACUUAGUUUACUGGGGAAACAGAGAUGAGUAGGAAAAGGAAGGAAAUGUUCUUUUGGACUAUGAUUUAAGAGAUUAGAUGCCAUCUGUCUUCUUGAGGGAGAGUGCAUGCUUUUUAUCUUUGGAGAGGUUUCCCCUCUCUUUAAUGGCCCUGAGAAAUUCCCUUUCUCUUUCCCUAAACCAUCCAUAGAACCACUUAGACA